CGGCGUUUGCGGACAACACACGAGUGCAGAGCAGGCCGGUCGCGUUUUUUCGUGCUUCAACUCCGAGCUGGAAAUCACUCCAGAUCUGACUGUCCGGUCCCCCCGCGCGCGUUCCAGCCUUCCGUCAUGCUGCAGUCGAUAUUCGACGAUGUGCGGCGUAUGAAUAAGCGCCAGUUUCUGUAUCAAGUGCUGAGCUUUGGCAUGAUAGUCUCGUCGGCGCUGAUGAUAUGGAAAGGCCUGAUGGUGGUCACCGGCAGCGAGAGCCCCAUCGUCGUCGUACUGAGCGGCAGUAUGGAGCCGGCGUUUCACAGAGGCGAUUUGCUCUUCCUAACCAAUUAUCAGGACGAGCCGGUGAGAGUGGGCGAAAUUGUCGUUUUCAAAGUCGAGGGCAGAGACAUACCCAUUGUGCACAGAGUACUUAAGCUCCAUGAGAAGGGCGACCAAAAUAACACGGUCAAGUUCCUCACGAAAGGCGACAACAAUUCUGUGGACGAUCGAGGCCUGUACGCCCCUGGUCAGCUGUGGCUGACGCACAAGGAUGUGGUCGGCCGGGCGAGAGGCUUCCUACCCUACGUCGGCAUGGUCACUAUAUACAUGAACGAAUAUCCUAAAUUUAAGUAUGCAGUAUUAGCGUGUCUUGGACUGUACGUUUUGGUACACAGAGAAUAAAACUGCUCGAUAAGUUUAAA